AUCAUUGGAACAUUGGAACUCCUCGGCUUGAUCAUGUACCUACGUCAACAACUCUGGGUUCUCUUGCUCUGGCUCUGCUUCGUCGUUCUCAGCGUGCAUGGCAUGCCGUGGAAAUGGGGACCUGCCUCCAAUUCUGGACCCCAUGGCGGACCCGCCUGGAAUGGCGGAGAAGAGUCCACCGACAAUAUAGUCAUCCAUUCGAAAAACAGCGGCAAGUGGCGUUACUAAAUUUAUCCAAGUGGCAGAGGCGUGACCACAACCAAGUCAAGCUGGAUUUUACAGUAAAUUUGUGAAUAAUUUUACAACUACUUUGCUUCGCAAUUGAUUUUCGUCGAACAGUACUCGAUUUGUAUGCUAAUACUUCAUUCAUGGUCACACUCACUUAUAUAUAGUCACUUUAAUUGUGCACCUUUUUAUCUAUGACAUUUAAAUAUAACCCUUUACUAUACUGUAUGUAAUAGAGCCAAAAUAUUUAAACGAGAUUAAAAGCCUAAUAUUGCAAAUAUG